AAGAAUGAGCCUCUGGCUCAUGCGCUCACUCCUCUUCUCCCCCUGCCCCACUUUGGUGAUUUUAUUUAUUUACCACAUUUGUAUACCACCCAAAACUUGCAUCUCUAGGUGGUUUACAAUAAAACAAUACAUAUUUAGACAAAAUUAAAAUGUUAAAACACUAAAAUGAUUUAAAAUUUAACAUUUUUUAGAAUGAUUAAAAACUGUAAAUCUAAUUAAAAGCCUGGGUGUUCCUGCUUUGCCACAAACAAGGAACUUUGGUCUUAACAUCUUGAAACAGCAAACUUUUGUUUGCAACAAACAAGGAAGUGACUGAACUGCAUGUCCAAGGGGAGGAGGAAACACCAUGCCUAGAGACCUACUGGGCCUGCCACCUGUUCUUAGCUGUAGUAAUCAGUUGUUACAACUGUUCCCUUUGUCAGCUCAGGUUCAGAUCCAAAGCUCUUGUCUUAACUUCUGCAUUACACAAGCAGCAAACAUGCUAUACAGUCUUAAAUUAAGCUUCCUUACAACUGAGCUUCCCUUUGUCUUGCAUCCCCAGUCCUCAUCUGCAAGUUAGGGGCAAUAUUAAAGUUUAGUCUAUAGAGCACUGGCCAUCAAACUGUAUGCUGAUUAUUUCCCCUUUACUGAUUUUCUUUGAGUUAGAAAAUGAUAUGAAGAAUUCAACAGUGUGGGCAGGAGGGCAGGCAUUGCAAGAAAUGUCUGUCUCAUGCGAUGUCUCAAGUCAGCAAGACCGGCUCCUGUAAAACAUGUAUUUAUUUAAAAUGUUUGCCCUUCUUGCAAUAAACAUUUUCAAGGUGGUUUGUGAUAGUUUAAACUAUCUUACAAAAUAAUGAACCUGGAUAAAACAGCAUAUUCCAAUGUCAACAGUAGCCUGUGCUUCAGUGGUACUGAAGCCAAAUAAUCUGCAUCUUAGUAUACUGUGUGGCUGUGGCCACUCUGCAUGUGGCAUCGUGGCAUCGUCUCCAGUGUAUACUUCCAGUGUGAUGGGAGGAGGGCUUUUUUUAUGAGAAGCUGAGCCCUCCCACAUUUGGGAUGUUGCACAGGAUACAGUAGAAGGUGUGUAUGGGGAGGAAGAGCAAUGAGAUCAAGAUCAAUGAGAGCUGGUGAAAAUCACUUGAGUCAUUACAGUUGCAACAAGCCUAGUGAGCCAAAAUUAGUCUUUACCUAGUUCCAUCACUAGACGGUGGGAGUGUGUCCCUGUUGGUUCUGCUGGACCUCUCGGUGGCUUUCGAUACCAUCAACCAUGGUAUCCUUCUGGGCUGCCUCUCGAGUGGGAAUCGGAGGUACUGCAUUGCAGUGGUUCCAGUCCUUUCUUGGGGGGAGGGUCCAGAAGGUGGUGCUGGGGGACUACUGCUUGGCUCCGUGGCCGUUGGCCUGUGGGGUCCCGCAGGGUUCGGUCUUGUCCCCCAUGCUGUUUAACAUCUACAUGAAACCGCUGGGAGAGGUCAUCUGGGGACUUGGAUUGAGUUGUCAGCAAUAUGCAGAUGACAUUCAGCUCUGUCUCUCGUCACCUGAUCCUAGGGAGGCGGUGGAUGUCCUGAAUCGAGGGCAGGAGGCUGUGAUGGAUUGGAUGUGGGCUAAUAAACUGAAAUUGAAUCCGGACAAGAUGGAGGUACUGUUGGUCAGUAGGAGGGCCAAUCAGGAUGAGAUUUUACCAGUUCUGGAUGCGGUUGCACUCCCCUUGAAGGAGCAAGUAUGCAGCUUGGGGGUACUACUGGACCCGGCUCUGCUUUUAGAAGCUCAGGUGGAGGUGGUGGCCAGGGGUGCCUUUGCAUGGCUUCGGUUAGUGCACCAGCUGUGUCCCUUUCUCGAGAAGGCAGAUCUGGCCAUAGUUACCCAUGCCUUAGUCACGUCACGGCUGGAUUACUGUAACGCGUUCUACAUGGGGCUGCCCUUGAAGAAUAUCUGGAAACUACAGCUAGUGCAAAUUGCGACAGGGUUUUAUCUGGAGCUGCCUGAUGGGAGCACAUCACACCCAUUUUGAAAGAGCUGCACUGGCUACCAGUCUGUUUCCAGGUCCAAUUCAAGGUGCUGGUUUUGACCUUUAAAGCCCGUAACUGUUUGUGCCCUGGAUAUCUGAGGGACUGUCUGCUCCCAAGGGUUGCUGCCCGCUUGACGAGGUCAUCUGAGGAGAUCUGUUCUGGGUGCCGACAAUGAGGGAGACUCGGUUGUUGUGCACGUGAGAUAGAGCCUUCUCUGUUGCUGCCUCCAGCCUCUGGAAUGCUUUCCCGGUGGUUAUUUGCUCCUCAGUCUCCAUCACAGCUUUUAGAAAGCAUGUUAAAUCCUGGCUUUUUACCCAGGCUUUUAUAUGAUUGUCUCUGCUGUUGCUUUUUGUACUUUGUAUUGUUUUUAUGCUUGAGUUUUAAAUUUUUUAAUCAGAUUUGUUUUAUAGUUUUAGCUUAAUAUUUUAAUUGUCAUGUUUACAAUCUUGUUUUUAAAUUCUGCUGUAAACUGCCUUGGGAUUGUUUUAAUGAAAGGUGUUAUAUAAAUUUAACGAAUAAAUAAAUAAAUCAUAAAAGCCAUCAGGUUUGGCAUCUGGCAAAAUGACAGAAAUUCUACAAGUCUUUGCAACAGGUUGCCUGUCUUUUAGGAUUUGAUUAUAUUGGCUAUAUUAGUCCUGUUCACACUUUCCUGGGAUUUGCUUCCAAAUAACUAUGCAUAAGAUUGGGAUUAAUAUUUACUAGCAGAACAAGUAUGAACAGGUUAGACUUUGUUUUUGGUUGUGUGCUAUGCUAGCUCUACAGAGAAAUGUGCCUAACUAUGUUCUAUCUGUCAAGGGGCACACACUGAGCAUUUAUUUACAUUGGCAAGUAGGUUACCUGUGGCGGCAGUCAGUGUUAACACCACAUUUUCCAAGCGGGCUGACCAAGUUUUACAUUGUGUUAUGUAUAUAUGCCGAUCAACAGGGGGAGAAGGAGAGGAGGAGGUGUUUUGUUUUCGUCUUACAAAAACCCACUAAGAAGCUCGCAGCCUAUUGACUCCAAAAUGCACUAGACGCGAGUAAGCUCCAAGAGGGUGUCUUUGUUGUUGGGUACCAACGAGAGCUACGCGAAGCAUCCCCCGCGUGCAAACCCCAGCCGAGGAGCCGGCCCUUCUCUUUCAGCCUGAUAGGGGGCGGGUUUCAGUCGGUACGAGUGGCUGACCGGCGUGCCCUUAACCAAAGCCCUCUCAUCUCCCCCCAGCCGCCUUCUCAGCUCCUCCUCUCGGCUCCUACUAGCCGCUGCCGCCGCGUGUCUCAUUCAUUCGCAGCGCCAGAGACGACGCUGGUAGCACCGCUGUGCUCGGUCCAGGAGAGCGCCCCACUUUGGGGCGGCAGGGCGGACUCGCCGCCCCCGCCGAAGCGAAGAUGUCGAGCUGAGCGACAGAGAGGAGGGGGCGCUCCCGCCGGCCGCUGCGCCAUGUCCUCCUCCCUGCCGCCCCUCGCGCCGCCGGCACCUGCUGCCGCCCCUCGACUGUCGCCGAGGAAGCAGCAGGAGCCCUCUCCGCCAGCGGCGGCUCCCAGGAAGGUGGCAGCGCCGGCGCCCUUCACUCCAAUCAAGCCGCCUCGGAAGGCGGCGCCUUCGGAGCGCUCGGGCGCCUUCUCCAGCUCUUGGCCCAGCGUCUCUCUCCAGAAGCAGCUGCCGCGCAGCAGAGUGGCUCAAGGCGGCGGCGGCAGCAGCAGGACCCCCGCGCCGCCCUCAGCAGCCCCAGCCGCGGGGGCUCCUCCCCAACCCCCGGCCCGGGGCCGCUCAGUGUUGACGACGCGCUCCACCGAGAGCCUUUGCGCGGCGCCAGGCGGGCGCGGAGAGGCCGCGGUGCGCUUCUCGCUCAGCCUUCCCCCGGAGGCGAUCCGGGUGCUGCAGCGCCGCAGACUGGAGAAGCAGCAGCGAGGGCGAGCGGCACGCCCCGCCUCCCCCGACGCCGCGAAGCGCCCCCUGGCGGGGGGCUCGGGCGGGGACUUGCGCGCUCUGCUCCAGGUGUCGCUGCUGAACGAGCGCCACCGCUACGACGACGUGGAGUACGAGGAGGAGGAAGAGGCGGCCGGCGCCCCCGGAGCCUUACCGGCGGACGAGGGGCUGGUGCGCAAGUGCACCGAGUGGCUCCGUGGCGUGGAGAGUGCUGCCGCCCGCGACCGGGCCGACAAGCUGGACACCUUGCCUCACUUGAGCACCCUCUGAGCUGCCAGCCCCCUGCCUCAAGGGGCGCAUGCCCCCUCCACGCUCUCCCCCAGAGAUGCCCGUCCCCCUGGCUCAUUCAUCGCGAAAGGCCAAGUCCGCACAUCACCUGUUGUUGUUGACUUUGGAUUUCUUCUUCUCUCGGCCUAGAGCCUUCUUACUACGACAUGUUUUGUGCCUUUUCUCAAAAAUGACAUAAAUCUCUGCCAUUUCAUUGGAUCCAGCUCCAAAGGCAGCCCCCUCUCUCUUCUACCCGUUUUGCUUCAUCGAAAUAAUUUCUCUCAAAUGGUCUACUAUUGUUCAUCUAACCACAAUCCAUCUUUGCUGAUGGAACGUCAAAGGAAAGGUGCACACACACACACCACACUUACGCCCUCGGGUGUCUUACAGAUGAAAAUGAGAUCGGCUUCUUGGGUCUGAAUCUGCUUCACGUGCUAAAUGGGCCGCUUCUCCAGGACUUGCAUUUUUAAAAAGGUUUUGCUCACAAUCUUCUGAAAAAGAGACACUUGUUGAUGCUAGCUAGGGUGUAUCAACCUGCUGUAUUAUAGCUGGCCUGGAUGUGGACAUGAAUAACUUUUAAGAGAAUGGUGAGUGAAGUUCAGCCCUUGUGUAUAGAUUUUACUGACUGGCGAAAUAUAAGUAUUCGUAAGUUGUCAUCUCAUUGUGUUUAAAUAACUUAUUACAGUAACAUAGCAACACAUGCUCAGUGUUGUGUGUGUUUUUUUUAAAAAAGAGUCUGUAAAGAACUGAGUGUGCAGGGACAAAUGUAAUGAAUUUUGUCAUUUUUAACUUAAUUUGCUGUCUCUGGUCUAGAAACAGGACAGGAACUGGGGAGAAAUAAAUUUUCUCCCUCUCCUGGACUAGGGACUGGACCAGUUUAUUAAAGUUCUUUUCUGUAUUUCUUGACCACGUGUAAUCGCGCAUAGACAAAUGCUGUGAAUGUUAUAAGGACUCAAAACAAAGUUCAGUACUUAAAACAAACUUUUUAGAACAUGCAAAUAAAGAAUAGCACAGUUUUGGUAAA